CUUCGCCGAUAAGCAAACAAACAAACACUAAUGUCUCAAGUGAAAGAUCCGGCGAUUAAGCUUUUCGGCAAGACCAUUCAGUUGCUUCAUCCUCAUCCUCAUCAUCUUCUUGAUAAACCUAAUCAACAACAAAAGGAUUGUUCCCAACACAUCAAGGAAACAUUGGACAAAGAACAUGCCACAACUCAAACAGAAGACACUUGUUCCCAUCCAAGUGCAGAGGAGUUGAUAGAUCCAUCAACAUCGUCAGGAAUCAAUGAUGAUCCUAAAACACCCACUGCUGACAAAGAAACUUCAUCCAAGAGCACUCCCAAAAAGGAAAAUCCUACUGGGAAUUCAAACUCAGAAGAAAAACCUAAAAAACCAGACAAGAUUCUGCCAUGUCCUAGGUGCAACAGCAUGGAUACCAAGUUCUGUUACUACAAUAAUUACAACGUUAACCAACCCCGCCAUUUCUGCAACAACUGCCAGAGAUAUUGGACCGCCGGAGGAACCAUGAGAAACACACCUGUUGGGUCUGGGAGAAGAAAGAACAAAAGCUCAUCUUCGGCUUCUUACUACCGCCACCUCAUUGUUUCUGAAGCUCUCCAGAAAACUAAUGGCAGUGUUCUUAACUUUGGAUCUGAUGUUCCUCUAUGUGAAUCCAUGAAUUCAGCUCUCAACUUUUCUGACAAAUCCCAGAAAUCUGAAGAUGAUCAAUCAGCAUUUUGCUCCAGUUCUGCUUCAAAUUCAGCAGAAAAAGGACCGAAUAGAAGCGUUAAGAAUUUCCAAGGAUACCCUCUUCAAAUACCAUGUUUUCCUGCCCCUCCUUGGCCUUAUCCAUGGAAUUCUGCUCAAUUUAGGCCACCUCUGGUGCCGCCUACCAAUCUUGGUCCUCCAGGCUUUCCAGUAUCCUAUUAUCCAACACUGCAAUACUGGGGUUGUACUGUAGAACCAAGCCCAUGGAGUAUGCCAUGGGUAACCCCUCCUCCUGACCAAAUUGCCCCUACUUCUCCAUUGGGAAAGCAUUCUAGAGAUGGGAAUUUGCUAUCUCCACCUUCAAAUUCAGGAAAUGAAGAUUUGUCAAGAGAUAACGAUUCUGAGAAUGGCAUUCUGAUCCCCAAGACUCUGCGAAUAAACGAUCCAAAUGAGGCUGCAAAAAGCUCUUUAUGGUCAACUUUAAAGGAUGAAAACGGUAGCAAUUCAAUCAAUGGGGGAAAUCUCUACAAGGCCUUCAAGUCCAAAGGUGAUGACAAGAAUGAAGUUGCUGAUAGUUCUUUGGUCAAUCUGCAAUCCAACCCUGCAGCCUUAUCAAGAUCACUUAACUUCCGCGAGACUUCAUAGUUAUUAGACGGAUCAAACACAUUUUGCUACUUUCUUUGCAGGUAUUUAAACGCCGAAAUUCAAGAGCGAAAAGCGCUAAGUUUUGAAGAAGCUUAGAGACCAUAGAGGGUUGGAUUUGGCUUUGGCUUGUGUUGACUAUGGGGUUGUAAAGUCUGCAGGUUUUAUUAUACAUGACUAUAAACAAAAUAAAUGAGUUUAACAAAGGGGAAUGAGAUAGAGAAGGAUAGAUUCUUGAAUGUGCCAAAGUGCAUGGUGAUGAUGAUGAUGAAUAACAAGUGAAUCCAAUUCAAGAAUUUUUCACACUUCUUUUUCUGCUUUUAGUGCUUUAUAUGUCUUGAACUUUUAUAAAAAGCCUAUACAACUUGCACCAGAAAGCAAU